UUCUCACUUGAUGCUUCUUUCUUUUUUUCUUUCUCUUUCUCUCUCUCUCUCUCUCUUUGGAAAGCUAAGCAAAUAAGAAGUCUUUCACCUUUCUUUUUGGUGGCGGGUGCUUUUCAUCUUUUAAGUUUUAACAAGUUUUUGCAAUUCCUCUCAUUUCCCUUCUGUUUCGAGUUUUGACUUUUUCCUUUAUCAUUGUUUCAGUCAUAAGGUAGAUUGCUUCCUUUUGUUUUUACUGUUUUAGUUUUCCAACAAGAAAGAAGAAGCAUGUCUCUGUCUCUGGCAGUUUCUAUUACAGUCACAUUGUCGUCUUGUCGUUUUUUCUACCUUUUCUUUCCUUUUAGAUAUUACUCAAAAUCAUCUUACUGAGGAACCCUUUUCUCUUACUGAGGAACCCUUCUCUCUUUGGUCUUGGAAUUGCUGUAUUGCAGCUUUAGUUUGAGCAAUGAAGAUUUUGGAAGCUAGGUGCGUUUUUUUUUUGUUUGUUCGUUUUGCCUUGUUGAGGAUCUGAAUCAGCGGUCGUUGAAAGGCAUCUAAUGUAAGAAAUUUGGGUUUGAAGUUUUGAUCUUUCGCUAUAUAGAUGAUCACUUUGAUUGAGAAGCCUUGUUAGAAUCCUAAGGACAAAGGCAUCCAUUUGAAUCUAUUGCUACUUUAUGGUUAAAGUAGAUACUUUAAUGAUCCCUGAUUGAGAAAAUGGGCUGUGCUGCUUCAAGGAUCGAGAGAGAAGGGAGGGUGCAGGUUUGUAAGGAGCGGAAGAAGCUUAUGAAACAAUUGGUGGGAUAUAGAGGAGAAUUUGCAGAUGCCCAGUUGGCAUAUUUGAGGGCAUUGAAGAAUACUGGUGUAACCCUGAGGCAGUUUACUGAGUCCGACUCAUUAGAACUUGAAAAUACCUCUCAUUGCUUGACAUUGCCUCCCUCUCCACCUUCCCCGUUACCUCCUCCUCCUCCGCCACCACCUUCUUUUAGUCCUGAUCCAAGAAAGGCCGGUGAAAAUGGUAUUAUCGAAGCUGCCCAAGAUGAAAGCACAAAGAUUAAUCAGGAUGAGUGUUCUACCCCACCACCUCCUACUGCAAGCUCUUCAUGGACCUAUUGGGACCUUUUUGAGUCUACUUCACCUCUCCAUCAUCCAAAUCAGAGUGAAACAGUGGAACCAAUUCAGGAGGAAAGUUGGGCAGAGAGUAAGAUGCAGUUUGAGGAUGAAAAUCCGGGAGAAGAGCUUGUCGAAGGUUUUGCCAUAAAUACUCUCCCUGAGAGGUCUCUGCGAAGGGAAAUAGUUGAUGAUAGCUCAUCAAUCAUGAGCUGGUAUAAUAAAGACUCGACAGAUGUAGCCAUGUUAGUAUUGAAGAACAACAAGACCUUAGAGGGAAUUAUGAAGGACUUAGAUGACUACUUUUUGAAGGCAUCAGCUGGGGGGAAGGAAAUAGCUGUUUUUACAGACAUCAACAUAGGGAACAAUUCUCUUCCAUGGAAACUCAAUGAAAACAAAAGAAAGAGGAGCAAUUCUGCAAAGGUUUUUAGUGUGUUGUCAUGGAGCUGGUCUUCUAAGUCCCUUCAGCUUGCAAGAGAUGCUUUUCAGUGUCGAUAUAGCGAACCAUGCAAUCCUGGAGCUCAUUGCAUUACUCUUGAUAAGCUAUAUGUUGCAGAGCAGAAGCUUUACAAGGAAGUAAAGGAGGAAGAAGUUACCAAAUUGGAGCUUGAAAAGAAAUUGAUGUUGCUCCAAAAGCAAGAUGAAAACCGUGACUGGACGAAGACUCAGAAAAUCAAAUCAAGUGUUGAGAAUCUGGAGAAUGACAUGACACGCUUGCAACAUUCAAUAAGUACAGCCUGUUCAUCUAUAUUGGAGCUCAUUGAUGAGGAGCUUUACCCACAACUGGUUGCAUUAACUUCGGGUCUGAUGGAGAUGUGGAAGAUGAUGUACAAAUCUCAUCAAUUUCAGAACCAUAUUUCAAAGCAGUUGAAUCAUCUCACUGAUAAUUUAAGCAUGGAUCUGACUACUGAAUCCCGUCUUCAGGCUACAGCUCAGCUUGAAACUGAGGUUUCUUUCUGGUAUUAUAGCUUCUGCAGGCUCAUAAAAUCUCAACAAGAGUAUUUAAGAACACUCUGCCAGUGGAUCCAACUUACUGAUUGCCUUGUAAGCAACCAGCAGCAGAGUCGUUGCUCAUCUGCAGUUCGUAGGCUUUGUGAAGAAUGGCAUCUUGGUUUUGAAAAAUUACCUGAUAAGGCGGCAUCAGAGACCAUUAAGCGUUUUUUGUUGGCUAUCCAAUCUAUAAUCCAACAGCAGGCUGAGGAGCACAACCAGAAAAAAAAAUCUGAGAAGCUUCAGAAAAGGUUGCAGAAGGAGUUAAUUUCACUGACUGAGAUGGAGAAAAAGGUUGAGGGAAGUGUAUUAACUUUAGAUAUGAACUCCACGCUGAGCCCAAAGCAUCCUCUUUCAUUGAAGCGUGCCAAAACUGAAGCCUUAAAGAAGCGAGUUGAUGUGGAGAAAGGCAAACAUCUGAACUCAGUCCAAUUAAGCAAGACCAUGAUUUUAAACAAUCUAAAAACUAGCCUGCCCAAUGUAUUUCAGGCAUUAAUGGGAUUCUCGAAAGCUUGUGUUGAGGUCUUUGAGGCCAUUCAUGGCAACAGUCAGCCAGAAAUUCCUUGUGCAUCAUAGAACUCAACAAACUAAAUUUUAUUGAAUGGUGGAAAUGUAUGUAAAUGCUUUCUACCGUAAAUUGUCUGUCAAGGUGAACUGAAUGUCUUGCCAUUCUAGAGAAUGAUAUAACGUUUUAAUCAGUGAAGUUUUGAUUAAGGUAAA